AUGCUGGAGACACAGAAAGGAAACCAGACAACCAUCACAGGAUUUAUACUCGUGGGCUUUGGGAAUCUCCCUGAACCACAGCCUCUUCUUUUCUUGCUUUUUUUAAUUAUCUUUAUUGUGACAACUGUUGAGAAUAUUUUAAUCAUUUUGCUAGUUGUGGCUGAUCACUAUCUUCACACGCCCAUGUAUUUUUUCCUGGCAAACUUGUCCUGCCUGGAGAUGUGCUAUAGCUCAAUCAUCUUGCCCAAAACAUUGGCCAUUUUGUUAACUGGUGAGAGAACUAUUACUAUUGGUGGAUGCAUUGCUCAAUUUUAUUUCUUUGGCUCUUGUGCUGGUAUCGAGACCUAUCUCCUGGCAGCGAUGUCUUAUGAUCGCUUUCUGGCAAUAUGUAGACCUUUGCUCUAUGCCUCCACUAUGAAUAACACAUUGUGUUUUCAGCUUAUGGCAGGAGCAUGGGUAAAUGCAUUGAUGGCUAAUUGCAUUGUGGUAACUCUGAUGGCUCAAUUAUCCUUCUGUGGACCCAAUGUCAUAGAUCAUUAUUUUUGUGACUUCACCCCAGUGGAAAAACUGUCCUGCAGUGAUACCAGUGUGGUUGAACUUGUAUUGUUUCUCUCGACCUUCAUUUUCACCCUAACCCCAUUUCUACUGACACUCACAUCCUACGCUUGCAUCAUUACAUCCAUCCUGAAGAUCCCAUCCACCACUGGAAGGCAAAAGGCCUUUUCAACCUGUUCCUCUCAUCUAAUAGUAGUUUGCCUGUUUUAUAGUACAUUAAUCAUUGUCUACAUGUUGUCAGACACCCCCAUUCUGAGAAACCUAAAAAAAAUCGUUUCCAUUUUCUACACGAUCCUGACUCCUUUGGUCAAUCCCCUCAUCUAUACCUUGAGAAACAAAGAAGUCCACAGGGCCCUAAGACGAAUUUGUGGUAAAUUGACAAUUUUUUCCAGUAGUCAAAUGGGCUUGUCCUUUUCAUUUCAGUUCAUCAGCUACUUAAUUAUCUAA